AAUGUACUUGGAUUCUCUAAAACUUCUGAUGUCAUUUGAGAUAUCUGGUAGGGAAUUUCUGAAUUAAAUGUGUUUGAUUCAGCAAAAGUGAUUAUUGAAGAAAUUGCCUUCAGACCCUUCAAAGAAUUCUACAGAAGACAUCCUUAUUACGUUUAUUCAUUUGCACAAUGGGUAGUACAAAAGAGAAUAACAAUGACAAAGAUGACCUUCUGCUUAGAAUGGGACUCAAUGAUAACAAAGCAGGAAUGGAAGGAUUAGAUAAAGAGAAAAUAAAUAAAAUCAUCAUGGAAGCCACCAAGGGGUCUAGGUUUUAUGAAAAUGAACUCAAAAAGGAAAAGCAAGUAAACCAACGAAUUGAAAAUAUGAUGCAACAAAAAUCUCAAAUUACCACUCAGCAGCUCUGGAAAGCACAAUUACAGGUUGACAAGCUUGCAAUGGAGUUGGAACAGAACCGCAACCUGUGCUGUACUAUAAUACACAUUGACAUGGAUGCUUUCUAUGCUGCUGUAGAAAUGAGAGAUAAUCCAGAGCUGAGGGAUAAACCCAUUGCAGUAGGAUCAAUGAGUAUGUUGUCUACUUCAAAUUAUCAUGCAAGAAGAUUUGGAGUACGGGCAGCUAUGCCUGGAUUUAUUGCUAAGAGACUCUGCCCACAAUUAACAAUAGUGCCCCCAAAUUUUGACAAAUAUCGAGAAGUGAGUAAAGAGGUUAGAGAAAUUCUUGCAGAUUAUGAUCCCAAUUUUAUGGCCAUGAGCCUUGAUGAAGCCUAUUUGAAUAUAACAAAGCACUUAGAGGAAAGACAAAACUGGCCUGAGGAUAAAAGAAGAUAUUUCAUCAAAAGAGGAAACUCUACAGAAAAUGAUAAACCAGAAACUGUCAUAUCAGGGGCACCAGAAUUAAAUGAAGCUGCCCUAUCCAUUUCUCCUUUACUCUUUGAAGAUAGCCCUCCUCAUCUACAGCAACAAGAACCAGAAAUUCCUUCCCAAGUACACUUUGAAGAACAGAGAGAUCCUCAAGUCCUCCAAAAUUCAGUUAUUUUUGGGACUUCAGCUGACGAAGUUGUAAAGGAAAUUAGAUUCAGAAUUGAACAAAAAACAUCUCUGACAGCCAGUGCAGGCAUUGCUCCAAAUACAAUGUUAGCAAAAGUAUGCAGUGAUAAAAAUAAACCAAAUGGACAAUACCAGAUUUCUCCUAAUAGGCAAGCUGUAAUGGACUUCAUCAAGGAUUUACCCAUUAGAAAGGUUCCAGGAAUAGGGAAAGUAACUGAGAAAAUGUUAAAAGCACUUGGAAUUGUCACCUGCUCAGACCUUUACCAGAAGAGGGCCCUACUUUCUCUUCUUUUUUCUGAAACAUCUUGGCAUAGCUUCCUUCAUAUUUCCCUUGGUCUAGGUUCAACACAAAUGGAAAGGGAUGGAGAGAGGAAGAGUAUGAGCAUUGAAAGAACAUUCAAUGAGAUAAAUAAAGCAGAGGAACUGUAUAACUUGUGUCAAGAACUUUGUAAUGAACUUGCUCAGGAUCUACAGAGAGAAGGACUUAAGGGCAAAACAGUUACAAUUAAGCUGAAGAAUGUGAAUUUUGAAGUAAAAACUCGAGCAUCUACUGUAGCAGCUGUUGUUUCUACUGCAGAAGAAAUAUUUGCUAUUGCUAAGGAACUACUAAAAGUAGAAAUUGAUGCUGAUUAUCCACAGCCCUUACGACUACGACUUAUGGGCGUACGGAUAUCAGGCUUUUCCAGUGAAGAAGACAAGAAGCACCGACAGAAAAGCAUCAUUAGCUUCUUAAAAGUUGGAAGCCAUACCAUAGAUCCAGUUGGGUCUGUGCUGGAGAAAAAUAACCAAGAUCAAGUUAUGGAACCUCCAGAAAUAUCUCACAAGCAGAGUUUCUUCACUAAAAAGCGGUCAGAAAUGAGUUGGAACCAUCAAGAUGCCUUUAAAUUUGAACCUGAAACUAUCCAAGGCUUCCAAGUUUCACAGCCAUCUAGUCUUUCAAAGGAAAAAAUGAAAGAGAAUUUAGAAGCAUCAGAAAAUUUAGAUGACUAUCAGAUCUUUACCUGUCCUAUUUGUUUUAAGGAACAAGGAAGAAUGUGUUUGGAAACAUUUAACAGGCAUGUGGAUGAAUGUCUCAGUAGGACACUGAUAGACUGUGACUCCAAAAUGGUGGCUGUCCCACAAUCAUCGUCUUUUUGUUCAGAAGUAAAUCCAGAUUUAAAACCCCAUAAUAUUAUAGAAAGCCCGUUAGUAGAUUUUGUGCCUUCAGUAAGUAUAGAUGUGCUUCCUCAACGAAAAAGUACAGAGGUUUUAAACACAGGAACAGAGGAUGAGCACAGUCAAAAUCAGUAUUCUAGUCUCUGGAGCAAGUCUUCUCUUGUUGAAUAUUUUUAUCAGAAUUCUCCCCAUGAAAAUGAAGGAUAUCAUGCUAAGCCUUCAGCUGGGCAAACAACCCUCCAGACCUGCUUGCUAAGAGACAAAACUUUAGUGUGUCCUGUUUGUAAUUUAGAGCAAAAGACUUCUGAUCUGAUGCUCUUCAAUAGUCAUGUAGAUAUUUGCUUAAAUAAAGGUCUUAUCCAGGAAUUAAGGAAGGACAAAGCUAGUAUGGUCGUGAAUUGUCCAACAGAAAAUUCUAAAAGUAAUGGGAGCUCUAGCAAAAUACAGAAGAGCGUGAAUAUCAUAGCAAAACCCAAAAGGCCAGGAUUGAUGACCCAGAAUUCUACAUCAAAGAAAACCAAACCAAAUAAUUUCAAAUAUACAAUUGAUAGCUUUUUUAAAUGAACAGUAAGAAUUUUAUUUUAGAAGAGGUCAUUUAUAAACUAUGAAUAUUUUAAAUUCUUAUUUUAAAAUUACAGCUUGAUUCAAUGAAUAUAAAUUACUUAAUGCUAGAAUCUUGUGGUGCUGCUGUCAAUAAUGUUAAAGUUGUGGAUUUGUUUUGGCAGGAGCUAAUAAGACGUGUUUAUUUGUUUAGAGAACAUAAAGUCACAUUAAUUGGGUUUAUGGACCCAUUAAGACAAAAAAGUUGUUUUUGUUUGUUUGCUCAUUUUAUUUAUUAGCUGGAAAAUAUUUUUCAUCCUUGAAAAUAAUGAGGAUAUUGUCAAAUGAAGACAUUUGACAAUGAUCCAUAUCUCCUAUAAGCACUUAAUUCACUUUUAAAGUAUUUAAUCAUAAGAUUGGAAAUAAUUGUAGUACUUUACUUAUAUAGCAAGUCAGAAAAACAGUAUCUUAUUUUGUCACAUUUGACCUUUUUUUUUUUUUUUUAAUUCACUUGAAAAAAAAUUUUUAAGACUGGAUUUUUUCCCUCUUGUUUUAGCUAGAAGAGCAGAGGCUAAUGCACAGGCCCAAUCCCACUACUGAUUGGCAUAGGAACUUUGACCUGCUCUGUUUCUGACAUGGUCCUAUUUGACUCUUCUUAAGUCAAUCUGGUCUUAUGUCUCUCUGGCUCCUCCUCAAUUUCCUGUCUCCCGCCUAUCCCAGCAGCCCUGAUAUUAAUCUCAGACUCAUUAUGGGUACUUGAUUGGUUUAGCCUGUUGCAGCUUACAAUUCCAAAGCUGAAGAGAUCUACCAGGAUCAACAUCCCCAGUGGCUAGGAUUAUAUGCAUGCAUACCUGAUUACUUUUUAUGAGAAAUACUUAAGGUACUGUACAUUUGUAAAGAUUAUGAAAUGUAUUAAAGUUUUGAAUUAUGUAAAGCUCUAAUUAAAAAUAGAGUAAUCAAUAUUUAUAAAUAAUUUAAGUAAAAAUAAUAAAUUAAUAACUAAUUAAGGUUACCUUAUUGGUUUUUUUGUUUUGUUUUUUUUUUCCUGAGGCAAUAGAGGGUAAGUGACUUGCCCAGGAUCACACAGCCAGGAAGUGUUAAGUAUCUGAAAUCAGAUUUGAACUCAGGUCCUCCUGACUUUAGGGCUGGUGCUGUAUCUACUGUGCCACCUAGUUGCCCCUACCUUAUUGUUUAAAGAAGAAAAAAGUAAUUGUUUUUCUUUUUUACUAGUAAAAAAUUCUAUUUUUGUUAGGAUUUAUCAGACUAAAAAGUUUUUACUUUUUCCUGCUUUGGAUAAUUUUUUCCCAUGUUUUACCUGUAUAUGUUUGAAUUAAAUAUAUAAGAAAGCAAAGUUUUGGAGACAACAUAUUGGGAUCUUAAACAUAGCCUUUGAAUAAAAGCAAUAAAAUUUGACCUCAGUAUAAAUUGAAAUUUGCAGUUUUAGGCUAAACAUUUAUUAACAUUUGUUUGGGUCAUCUUAAUUUGUUGAUUUUGAAAAUACACUACAAUUAACAAAACAAAAUGAUUUAUAUCAGCCUCAAUAAAACAUUUUAUUCACUGUU